CUUCUAUUUCCGGAACUCUGCCCCUGCGCCCGGGGCGGCGAGAGUGGCUGCGGUAGCCGGGCGAGCGCCUGGCAAAGCCCACGCUGGCGCGGCGGCUGGGUGUGGACCCCGACGGGGGAGAGGCGUGGUAGGAACGGUUUCGGGAGCCGUGGUCCGCGGCCGCAGGGUCCCGCGUUUAGGUGCUGAUGAAAAGUUGACUGGGAAAGUUGGCUACAUCGCUGGGAAAGUAGGACUGGAUAGGCAGAUGUUCACGUUUGGAACUUGGAAAUAAGCAGGCCAGACAAGCUGCAGGAGUAGGAGGGAAGCAAUGCAGAAAUCAGAGUGCCAUGGGGGCGAGCAGCUGAGAAGCCGGGUGGCAGGUAACUGUGACCACAGGACUCCAUCAAGCUCACAAAUAAAACACAGGAAUACAGUUCAGCGAAGCAAAUCCUCGUCAUCAACCAGUUCUCCAGACUCUGCAAGAAAACUUCAUCCUCGACCAAGUGAUAAACUUAACCCUAAAACAAUUAACCCGUUUGGUGAACAGGCCCGGGCCCCCUCUGCCUUUGCAGCUAUUUACUCUAAAGGCGGUAUUCCUUGCAGGUUGGUGCAUGGUUCAGUGAAACAUAGAUUGCAGUGGGAAUGUCCCCCUGAGGACCUACCAUUUGAUCCUCUUCUGAUUACUUUAGCUGAGGGCCUGCGAGAGACUAAGCAUCCGUACACCUUCGUGUCCCAGGAGGGCUUCCGGGAGUUGCUGCUGGUGCCCGGCGCUCCCGAGAGAGCAGUGCCGAUGCUCCCUCGGCUGAUCCCUGUGCUCAGGGCGGCGCUGGUCCAUUCGGAGGAUGAGGUGUUUGAGAGAGGGUUGAACGCUCUGGUGCAGCUCAGCGUUGUCGUUGGGCCUUCGCUCAACGACCAUCUGAAACACCUGCUGACUGGUCUGUCCAAGAGACUGCGGGACAAGAAAUUCAAGGAGCCAAUCACCAGCGCCUUGCAGAAGCUGGAGCAGCACGGGGGAGGAGGAAGCCUGCUCAUCAUCAAGUCUAAAAUCCCGACGUACUGCUCGGUCUGCUGCUGAGCGAGGGGCCUGCUGACGCGCCGGCGCGGAGACGGCCCCGCAGGAGCCACCACCCACUCGCCCUGGCUGGCCAGCGCCCGCCGUUCUGACUUGCAAGUUUUCGCUAAGUAUCCGCCACCCCACUAGAUCAUAGUGCAAGUGGCUCGUCACCAAAUGGCUAAUGAUGGAGACAAUUAAAGCAGUUCUGUAAGUAUGGCUUUGUGGGGUUUUUAUGGUUUGUGUGGUUUGUGUGCCCAGCACCAUCGCGUUUACAGGAGGUUACUGCUUGGCGUCCAGCGCCUUUAGUUUACAGCAACCCGUGUGCACGGACUGGGACAUUUUCCCAUUUCUUGAGGUUUAUGAGGGCUGUGCGAACUUAAAAUGGCAAACAAGAGAAUUCACUGUGACUAUAAAUAUGUGUUUUAUAAUGUAAAAUACUUGGGAAAGUGUCUAGAGUGUUCUAGCUUAAGAAACUUAUUUUAAAUGCAUAAAUUCUCAUGUGUGUUGUUUACUACAAGGCACUGAUACUACCUAAACUUUAGGUAUUAAUUAUAUUUAAGUACAUGUUAUUUUUGUAUUUCAUAGAAAAUACUGGAGCUACUCAGCACACAAAAAUACUCAGAAAUUAAAGUCUUAA